UUUUCCUUUGUUUCAGAAUCACACAAUGAUGCACAGUGGUGCGUUCUAUUCGCACUACCUGUUGCGGCCACCACCUUCAUCAUUGCUAGCAGUAUAUCUGAUUAAGUUAUCCGCCAGUAACUGCUGUCGUCAUCGAAAAUCUGCGGUUCCUUGGAAGUCUAUUUUGCCAUCAUUGUCACUACAGACGAAAAAGUCUGCAUUAAUCGAGAGGAAAUUCAGCACGGAAUUGUUACGACUGUUGUCGCAAAUAUUUUCGCAGCACAAGCAGCAGCACGCAUUGAAUUAUAAAAUUCUGUAUAGACCAGACGGAUUGGUAUCACGGGAUUGCUGCUAGAGAGCAAGUACUAAGGCAAGUCAGAAAUAUUCUGUGCGAAUCGAGAUUACUGCUACAAUAUUAGAAUUAUUACUAGUUAAGAAGAUAGCAUAGUAAAACCUAGCCAGGUUUUUGGCGAAAGCCAUGUAUUCCGAAAGUAUAUCGGAAUUGGACACGAUAGCUAAUGUGAUCGGUCUGCGAGGUGUGGGUACUAGUACGUUGACUAAGUUCGUGGAUAUGUGGUACCACGUCUUUCUGUGGGCUUUGUUUUCGUCGAUUAUCAUUCAUACUGGUGCAGCGGUGAUUGCAUUCAUAACGUUGCGUAAGCACAAGUUCGGGCGAUUUUUCUCAAUUUUUAUUCUGGUAAUGGGUGUAGUUUCACCGGUUACCGGUGGUACUGUUAGCAGUGCCACCAUAGCCUUUGUACAUAGAGCCUCGAAUCUGCCGAUGUCGCCUAUUUUGGCCAUGGUGUACGGAGUUGGUCAAACAAUCCUAUCCGCUUGCCUGGGCUUUACGAGAGUACUGGCGACACUGUAAAUGCAUAUAUCUCUUCUUGUGUGGUUAGUGUUUUUAGGCACUUAGGUACCCACAGACUCACACAUGCAACAAACACACAUCUAAAUUAUUGUACUAGUAGAAAUUCUAAAUAGAGCAGAAACAACAUUGACAAAAUGUUGGUCAUUUUACGAUAGGCCAGGUUUUUAUCAAAAUGCGGAAGAGAAGAAGAAAAAAAAACAAACACACCUAGACUCCUCCACUCGGAGGGCAACUAGCCAACGGCCAUAGACGAUACAGAAAAAGCAAAAAAAAGUGUCUGGCAAGUUCAGGCAGAUAUGGUAAUCUGGUAAGACUAAACUGAGUGCUGCUAAAAACUAGUAUGACAGAUAAUGGGAAGGCAACAAAGCGAUAAUAAAGAGGAUGCAAAAACAGCAAAAAAGAUCAGUGAUAUACACCUAAUUAAACCUAAUUACUAGUGAAACAUUGAAUGGGAUAAACACACCUAGUUAAAGGAAUAAAACGCCACUAUAACGAAAACCAUAAAUGUACUACCAUCAUUAUCAACUUUAUCAUAUGACAAAACGGAAUUCAAAUACCGUGCUUACACAUUGCUAUUCAUUUGAUUUAUUGUUUAAGUUUUUAUUGCUUGCCUAUUGUAUCAUCAAUACUCGUAAGAAUUAGCCUGCCUCCCAAGCGUUUAUCGUCCAGCAUAUCUAUAAUAUCAGCAAAGCAAUGGGAAGCAGUUAUUUAUUUGAUAAUUUCAUAAUUACAGUCUGCGUCUGUCUCUUUCUCUGUUCCCCUCUCAUAAACACACGCACGUUCGCCCAAAAUUGCACUUUUUAGUUCAUGUUUCAUGAUAUCCUUAUUGUAGAAAAAAACUAGAAGAGAUAAGUUGUGUAAAUUUUUCUCGCACCACACCUGGCAGAAAAGCUUGUAUGUAUAUUUUGUUCUAAUCUUAUUCUUCCGAAUAAGGUAAUGUAAAAUAAAAUAGGAAUGUAUAUCUUAAUUGCGCUAGGCAAAACGUGGGAAUCGAUAGUAUGGUUCAGUUCAAGCGUUUGUAACAAGAGAAUAUCACAGGAGAACAAAGGAAGAGAUGGUAUAAACAUUGGGUUUAAGCUAACGUCAAAUUCUCUCUAAAUAUAAAGUAAUCAAGAUACAUUAAGAGAAAAUGAAAUACAACAACCGCAAAACAAGAAAAAACUCCUUCGAAAAGCUUAGAAUGGAGCCGGUUUUAAUCGUAAUAAAUGAACGAAUGGAUAAAUGAACCAUCAAAGUCAAUAAAUCAAUAGUAAGUUUGA